CCCUUUAACUUCCACUCCUGUGGGACUCAAUUCCUCUCUCUCUCCCCCUCCGGACCAAGUGCUAGUCGCGUCGUAGUACAGCAAACAUGGCUACAAGGCAGCAGCUGGCUUUGUUCAGUGUCUCAGACAAGACCGGCUUGGUGGAAUUUGCAAAAUGCCUCAGUUCUAUGGGUUUGGGUUUGGUUGCCUCUGGAGGAACGGCAAAAGCUCUUCGGGAUGCAGGCCUGAAUGUCAGAGAUGUUUCUGAUCUUACUGGCUUUCCGGAAAUGUUGGGAGGGCGAGUGAAGACUCUUCAUCCUGCAGUACACGCAGGUAUUCUGGCUCGUGACAUUCCACAAGAUAAAGCUGACCUGGAUAAAUUGGAUUUCAGUCUUGUAAGAGUUGUAGUUUGCAACCUCUACCCCUUUGUCAAGACUGUAGCGUCUCCAAAUGUGACUGUCCAAGAAGCAGUCGAACAGAUUGACAUAGGAGGUGUAGCUUUACUGAGGGCUGCUGCAAAGAACCAUGCUCGUGUGUCUGUUGUGUGUGAUCCUGGGGACUAUACCACCAUAGCGAAGGAAAUGCAGGCAUCCAGCAAUAAAGAUACUACCUUGGAAACUCGCCGUCAGUUGGCACUGAAGGCUUUCACUCACACUGCUCAGUACGAUUUGGCCAUCUCUGAUUACUUCAGGAAAGAGUACAGCAAAGGAGUGUCUCAGCUUCCCCUGAGGUAUGGCAUGAAUCCACACCAGACGCCUGCUCAACUCUACACCUUGAGGCCUAAGCUUCCUCUUUCAGUUCUUAAUGGCUCUCCAGGGUUUAUAAACCUGUGUGAUGCUCUGAAUGCCUGGCAGCUGGUCAAGGAGCUCAAACAGGCUGUGGGCAUUCCGGCUGCAGCCUCCUUCAAACACGUCAGUCCAGCAGGUGCAGCUGUUGGCGUACCCCUCACUGAAGAAGAAGCUCAAGUCUGUAUGGUGCAUGACUUACACCACACCCUGACACCCUUGGCAGCUGCAUAUGCGCGGGCAAGAGGUGCUGAUAGGAUGUCGUCUUUUGGUGACUUCAUUGCUCUCUCUGAUAUCUGUGACGUCCCCACAGCGAAAAUUAUUUCCAGAGAGGUAUCUGAUGGAGUUGUGGCUCCAGGGUAUGAUGAAGAAGCUCUCAAAAUCCUAUCCAAAAAGAAAAAUGGAAGCUACUGUGUAUUGCAGAUGGACCCAGCUUAUGAGCCAGAUGAGAAUGAAAUCCGCACUCUCUUUGGAUUAUAUCUAAUGCAGAAGAGGAAUGAUAGCAUGAUUGACCGAUCGCUGUUCAAAAGCAUUGUUACUAAAAGUAAAAAUCUGCCCGAGCCAGCAAUCCGAGAUCUGAUUGUUGCCAGCAUUGCUGUCAAAUAUACCCAGUCUAAUUCUGUUUGUUAUGCCAAGAAUGGACAGGUGGUUGGCAUUGGGGCAGGGCAGCAGUCCCGGAUACAUUGCACCCGACUGGCUGGAGACAAGGCAAACCACUGGUGGCUCAGGCAUCAUCCACGAGUGCUGUCCAUGAAAUUCAAAGCUGGAGUGAAAAGAGCUGAAAUCUCCAAUGCUAUUGAUCAGUAUGUCACUGGGACCAUUGGCGAGGAUGAAGAUCUUGUCAAGUGGAAGGCACUGUUUGAGGAAGUCCCAGCUUUCCUAACCGAGGCAGAAAAAAAGGCAUGGAUUGGGAUACUGAAUGGAGUCUCACUCAGCUCUGAUGCUUUCUUCCCUUUUAGGGAUAAUGUGGAUAGAGCAAAACGGAGUGGAGUCCAGUUCAUUGCUGCCCCUUCUGGUUCAACUGCUGACCAAGUUGUGAUUGACGCAUGUGACGAGCUGGGAAUAACUCUUAUUCAUACCAACCUCCGUCUGUUCCACCACUGAGGUUCCCUUGCCACUAUUGCAGACAUUCCUUUUUGCUCAUUUGCCCGUCUGUUUGUCUCAAGCAGUGAAAGCAUUAACGGUGGUUGUUGUUUAAAAGCCAGUUGACAGGUGCACAUUUCCCUUUAUAAUCUGCUUAUACCUCCCAUUGCUUUGAGAAUACUAAAGCAAAGUAAUUAACCUCUGGUGGCUCUCUUGAAAAAUAAAUGCAUGAAAGUGCUUGUUA